GGAUAUUCAAAUAGCUAGGUUAAACAACGAAGAAAUACCAACACUACAGUUCGUUAAAAAAUUUUACAGUAGCUCCUAUUAAUCAACGGCUGCAACGAAUUUUGUGGUACUUUUUUUGAUAAAUCUUGUGAAAAGUAGAAUAUGCACAUGCAAAGACAAGAGGCAAGGACCUGAACGUCAAAUUACCAUCAAAUAUUGAACAAAUGUCUGAAGAUGGCAUCUGCUUAUUCAGAUUCUGAAGUACAAAGGCUAACAGCUCAAAACCAAGCUCUUUCUGAGGAAUUAGCACAAUGCCAAGCUGAUAAAGAGUUUGUGUGGUCACUAUGGAAACGUCUUCAAGUGGCAAAUCCUGAUAUCUCGCAGGCGAUCAGUUUGGUAGUUCAAAGGGAGAAGGAGAAAGCAGAAAUAAAAGAUCGUAAAAUUCUUGAGAUUCUCCAUUCUAAAGAUGACAGGAUAGCUGAACUUGAACAGCUUGUAUCUGAGCAAGAAAAGAGACUUGCGGAAGUAGCUGAAAGAGUUGGUGAUGCAUCAUUUAACAGAAGAGACAAAUUUACAGAAGUGCUUGUGCAACAUGAACAACAAAUAAAAGAUGUAAAGCAAAAGGAGAAGGAGCGGAAUGAUAGAAUGCAAGCAAUAUUAGAUGAUAAAGAUAAAGCAAUGGCUGAGCUGAAUGCAGAGAAAGAAGAACUGGAGCAACAGGUCACCAGACUUGAGUCAACAGUAGAGGAAUCGCAGACAGCCCUGGCCACCAUGCAGGAACUGAAUAGACAGUAUGAAGCCAAGGUUAAGGAAUUGCAGCUUGGUCUUGAGGAUGUAGUGAAGAAGGCAAGGCUGGCAUCCAGUGAGCUUGACAGUAAAAAUGAAGGUCUGCAGAGAGCCAAAGCAAGACUACAAGAGUUGACCAUUGAGUUGAAGAACAGUGGUCAAGAUCUUCAUCGGACAAGAUUAGAGUAUGAGGAUCUGAAAGCCCAACAUGACCAGGCUAUACACCAGGCUGCACAGCAAGCACAACUCAUACAACAGCUACAAGACCUACAGGCUGACACACACAAAGUUUUAAAGAAUCAGGAGAGUGCUCAUACACUGGAUUCAACAAAUUUCCAAAAGAUGUAUCAUGAGCUCAGAAUAAAGUUUGAGAAGCUUGUCCACACUGAAAAGGAACUCCGGCAACGAUUGGCCGAGACAGAGGCUCAGAUGACCACCAAGCGACCAAUGAGAAGUGUCUCUUUGCAGGUCAAUCUGAAGGAAAGUUCAAGUCAGAGGUCAAGAUCAAGGUCACAAGAAGUCCUGAGAGUGGAACAGAGAGAAGAAUGGACAACAAUAGCAGGAGUUCCACAGAGGGGUCCAAUUGACCAUGCACCCAGCUCCGAUCAUCAAGUAGUCAACGAUAGGGCUACAUCAACUCCAACCAAGCGUUCGGCUCGUCGAGCCAGGUCUCUAUCUCCAUCAGGGAGCCACCGCUCCUCCAACCAGGAGCGGGCUGGAGCCUGGAGCCAUGGGAGAAUAUCAGAUUUCCUGGAUGAUGCGGAGAAGGAGAGAGGGAGAGGAAGGGAGGCUCGGAAGAAAGAGGAUCUAAGGAAGCUCUUGAGGCUAAAGAAUCAAGAGGUUGAAGAAUUGCGGAAGGCCCACAGUCGACGUUUGGAGCGACUCCGGACUCUGCAAUCUGCUUAUGAUGUCGUCAAGGAACAGAUAAAAACGUACGAGCAACACGAGAGUGGUAAAGAGAAGAAAAAGAAGAAGCUACCUCGAUCUGAGAGCAAGGAACUCAGACGAGAGGAUUCUGAUGGUGUUUGGAAUGAACUUGCUUACUACAAACAGCAGACAACAAUCCUCAUGCAAGAAAAGAUGAACAUCGAAGAAGAGAUUGAUAGACUUCGGGUCCAGUCUGCGGUGGAUGCCUCUACUAUAGAGGACCUAACUAGAUGCCUUGAAGAUGAGAAAAAUGGCUUGGAAAGUCAGCUUGCAAGGCUCAAAGCUGCUAACAAGAGAGAGGAAAGGGAAAAAGCAAGGGCUGAAGAUCUAUUUGAAAAGAACAAGAGGCUGCAGAAGUCCGUUCAGGUGCUACAUUCUAAACAGAAUGAGUGGGCUGAGGAGAGAGAUAGACUAGAAAGACAGCUCAGAUCGAUGAGAGCAGAUCUGGUACAGGCCAAGACCAUAUCAACCCAUAAAGAGGUUGAAUAUCAAGCCUUGGUAGAAGAAAUCGCCAAACUCAAGAUGAAGAUGAAGAAACUAGCUACUACCAUGAGACGGGAAGCAGAGAGGGAACAAAAGACAUCUCAUGAAGGGGAUGAAGACCCUGGCCCUGGGGUUCAUGUAAUUGUUCAUAAGGAAGAUGAUAGUGAUGACGACAAUGAUGACAGCCAGACUGAUGAAGAUAAUGAUGGAGAUGGUCGUGACUUCUACCACUCUACACCCCUCAAGUCCACCACCCGAAGAUCCCGUAGCCUAUCCCCUGCCAAGGACCUCUUCAGGACACCUCCCAGGUCGGGAACAGGUUCCAGGGCCAGUCCCCAUCACUCUUCCAGACUAGACCAAACCAAGACCAGUGGAUCACAGAGGUCCCAUCAUUGGAGCAGGUCCCGAAGUCUUGGAGCCAGUGGCAUUAGUCCAUCCAGGAGGGAGCUCCUGGCGAUCCUGCACCACCUGGACCGGAUGGCUCAAGCUUACCAGGGUACCCCGCCGGUCUUCCAGACACUGCUGAUGUCUGUUGCUACACAGACAGAGAGAGUCGCGGUUGCAGAGAGUGGAAUAAUGACAGAAACAGAAGAGAGUGAUAGUGGCUCCAUGCUGUCAACAGAUGGCGCCAUAUUUCCCGGUAUUCAACCAAUCUCACCCAUAUCAUCAAGGAGAGACACGGCCACAUCGCCCAUCAAGAGUCUCAGCUUCUCCAAUCAGAAGAUAAACAACAAGAAAGCAGCAAGUAAGGUUAGAGGAUCCAGUCCUGGACCAGGUGGAGUCAACGUCUUGAAGAGAAGACUUGGCGCUCUACAACAACAGGUUGCCUCCCUUCAGGAGCAGAGACGUAUGUUACAGAAGGCUGCUGUGGAAUACAAGGAAACCAACGAUUCUCUGCAGUCAGACCUGAAUCUUGCCAAUUCCAGAUACCAGAAUUCUAAAAUCACCAUCCAGAGGCUAACACAUGAUGUGGAAGAACUGAAAAAGGAGAAAGACCUGUUGCAAGCCGAAAACCAGGAACUAGCUAAGCAGAAGACUGAUAAACAUUCAGAAACUGAAUGGAAAAGCACAGAGGCUCGCAUCAAGUCUCAGGCCAGUGAGAUUGUCAGGCAAGGCAGUGUCAUCAAGGCUAUGAAAUCUGAGAAGGACACCCUCAAUGACACCAUCAAGACUCUGGAAAGCAAAAUUCAACAUCUGGACCGUGAUUUGAGCCAGAAGAGGUCACUUAUAGAUGACCUCCGGGCAAGGGCGAGGUCAGUGAGCUCAAAUGACAAGAUACAUGCAGAGACGGUGGUAAGUGACAUGAUGAUGGAUGAAAGAAUACUUUUAGACUGCGAUGGUGUAUGAAAUGUGAUAAUGAAUUAAAAUCAUAACUGUGUACAUUUAGUAGUUAACAUGUGAUGACAGAGGAAAAAUAUAU